GUAAAUCUUUCAUUGAAACGUUGAUUGUUGUUGGACUAGCUACCGUAGCUACUAGUAGCUUGCUAGUUCGCUAGCCAUUCUCAAAGAUAAGGCUUUCAGACUUUUUGCGUUCCAUCCAAGUGGACUGCAAUGACAUGGACUUGGCUAGCUAGCUCUAAUGGCGAGCUAGAACAUGAUCCAAGAAUGCUUGGAUGUGGCUGGCAGGAUUCAUGAUCAUUCUUCGACGAUGCGACCGUCUUCUCUGCUGCUUUCGGUAGGUGGCCUCAGGUUGCUUGCUUGUCCAACGGGCUUUCUGGGAUUUGUCCCACGCAGGAAUUUGGGAUACCGCUACCGUUAUGCAUACCGGUAUGUGUCGCUACGGGUACGUUGACAUGCUCUGCUGCCCCUCAACAACUCUCAAAGAGGCAGAAGCAACCGCAAAACAGCAGCUUAGCUGGGUUUAAUCCAGUUCGUGCUGCGACUCCCACGGCCAUCCUGUCCCUCUUGCGGUGCAAUCGUGGUGUUCAUCAAGAACAGAUCUUUAGAACAGAUCGAAGAGGAAAGUAGCAUCCAAAGGUGCUCCUUUGGCUGCUAACUAUGAGCUUGGGCUGCUUUGCCAACUCAAGCCGCACGAGAUGGAACCAUGCUCAACAAGCUCACAAUCCACGCAAAUCAACAAACCAAACAAAAACUCUAAAAGAGAAAACAAGCAAACAGCACUUCCAAAAUGAAUCUACACUUCAUCAGCCUCGCGCUACUCAGCUUGAAACUGAGCUUGACCUCGGGUCAUAAUUUCUUGCGUCAACCUGGGCGCUCAAUGAGCAACAGCGCCAAUGCAACCAGAGAUGACCUCGUCAUUGCCAACUUUUCGUCAGAAAUGCUUCUGGCUCAGAACCAGAGUGCACCAUGUGUACAGUUGUAUGAAUGGACCCUCUCUGAAGAUGCUAUGGUUAUCAAUGACAAACAAUACUAUGGCUUCAACAUGAGCUCCUCCAUUGGGACAUUCACCUUGCCAAUGUACACCAAUAUAGACCUGACUGGAAACCCUGUGGCCCGACUUCGUGGAAACUUGAUCACCGAUCCCACUGGUGGUUUUACCGCUUCUGCCGCGAUCCACUUUUAUGAUGUUGCUGCUUUCGUGGCUGUUUCGCUGUCCUACACCUACGAGCCUGCCUUGGCGGAAGACUUUGUCUAUGGAUUCACGGUUGGCGGUACGGGAGCCUUCAAGGACUAUCAUGCGGACGUGAAGUCCGUAGUAGUCGCCAUGGAACCAAAAUUCAUUGUGGAAUGGACGUUCUGCAACGAGAUGUAACGUAUUCGAUUGACGUAUCAUACCGGUAACCUCCAUCUGGCGACAAUAGAGCGCAUAGUAAAACAUAGAGUUGUCCGUCAACGUUUG